AUGUCGGCUCCGGAGCAGCAACAGGCGCAGCCCUCGGGGCCUCCCGCCGCCGCGUCCUCCGAGGCUCCGGAGCCGGAUGCUGCCAACAAGUACGAGGCUGUUGUUCCCCACUGGUUCUACUGCAAGGUCACGGACUCCCGGGAGCGCUGGAUCCCGUUCAGCACCCAGGAUUCGGAGAGGCUGGAGGAGGCUCACGUCUCAGGAAAAGACAAGGCCGACGUGGUCGUGGCAACCUCGGGGGGCAGGUACGACGUGCACCUGCAGAAGAGGCAGCGCGUGGCCGUGUACUGGGAGGAGGAGGUAUCCGAAGUGCGCCGCUGCACCUGGUUUUACAAGGGAGACAAGGACAACAAGUACAUUCCCUACUCGGAGACCUUCAGCGAGCAGUUGGAGCUCAUGGUGCACUACCAUCCGGUUGCUACCUCCGACGACUGGGGUUCAGCCCCUAUGGAACAAGGUCGACCUCGAACUGUGAAGAGAGGAGUAGAAAACAUCGCGGCCGAGAUCCCCAAUGGAGAGCCUCUGCAGAUCGAUCACCUGGUUUUCGUCGUUCACGGCAUCGGUCCAGCGUGUGACAUUCGCUUCCGGAGCAUCGUGCAGUGCGUGAACGACUUCAGGAACGUUUCCUUGAACAUGCUGCAAGCGCAUUUCAAGAAGGCGCAGGAGCAACAACAGAUCGGCCGGGUCGAGUUCCUGCCCGUGAACUGGCACAGCUCGCUGCACUCCACCGGCGUGGACGUUGACCUGGAGCGAAUCACUUUGCCCAGCAUCAACCGCCUGCGGCACUUCAUAAACGACACCAUCCUGGAUGUCUUCUUCUACAACAGCUCCACCUAUUGCCAGACCAUCGUGGACACGGUGGCCUCCGAAAUGAACCGCCUCUACCAGCUCUUCCUGCGCAGAAACCCCGGCUUCAAAGGAGGCGUUUCCAUUGCAGGUCACAGUUUAGGGUCCCUCAUCUUGUUUGACCUCCUGACUAACCAGAAAGUUGCCCCUGAGGAUGAUGAGCGCGGCACCGAGGGUUCCAGGACCACCUCAAGCACCAGAGGGGCUGAGCAAGUUAAGGAAAUUCUGAAGACGUUAGAGCUGUCUGAGUACAGCGAUGUUUUUGAGAAGGAGAAAAUGGACCGGCAGGCGCUGUUCUUGUGUACGGAGAAAAAUCUCAAAGAAAUGGGAAUUCCUUUGGGACCAAGGAUGAAGAUCCUUCAUUACAUCAGCUCCAAAAGGGAGACGCAGGAUGCUGCUGGGCACGGUGUGGAGAGCAGAGCGGAGCCCGGAUCCAGCGCAAGCGACGGAAGGAACUGCCAGUACCGGGAUGUUGCCUUAGGGCAGGUCUCGGCAAACUAUCCUCAGCUGCUCUACAAGCCGACCAUCUUCUUUGCCUUCGGGUCCCCCAUCGGGAUGUUUCUCACCGUGCGGGGAGUGAAGCGGAUCAACCCCAACUACAGCCUGCCCACCUGCAAAGGCUUCUUCAACAUCUUCCACCCCUUUGACCCCGUGGCCUACAGGAUUGAGCCCAUGAUUGUCCCAGAUGUGGAGUUUGAGCCCAUGUUGCUUCCGCACCACAAGGGCAGGAAGCGAAUGCACCUAGAGCUGAAGGAAGGGCUGACCCGCAUGAGCGUGGACCUCAAGAACAACCUGCUGGGCUCCCUGCGCGUGGCGUGGCAGUCCUUCACCCGCGCGCCGCUGCCGGCCGGCUCCGCAGCAGAAACAGCAGCAGCAGUUGUGGUUGAACCCCGACUUUUCCUCUGCUUUGUUCCUGUAGAAACGAAGCCAGAAGAGACGCCCGAGGCGGCGAAGGAAGAGGCCUCCCCCAUCAACGUGGGCAUGCUGAACGGCGGCCACCGCAUCGACUACGUGCUGCAGGAGAAGCCCAUAGAGAGCUUUAACGAGUAUCUAUUUGCACUACAAGGCCACCUCUGCUACUGGGAGUCAGAAGACACCGUUUUGUUGGUUCUUAAAGAGAUCUACCAGACGCAGGGCAUCACGCUGGACCAGCCUUUGCCAGGAAGCCAAUGACCCAGCUGUGCUCUCCUGGCAAUUUGAU